CGCCCACUGCUUAAACAUUCCGGAAGAAGGAAGAGGAAUCUCGUGCACCUGUUAUUGUAUAAACAUAUCCGGUGUUUUUAGCGAUAAAACUUCUCGCACCAGUGUCCGAUCGUCAGACUCUCCUGGGUAAAUAAGCAGCACAAUGUCAGAAAGAGACGAAGAGUCCUUUAAAUCCGUGCAGCUUGAGCAGCAUGAAGCUGAUACACCUAACCCAGUGCCCGAGGUCCUUCAGUCCAGCCCCAGUGCCCCAUCUUCAGCUGUCACUCAGAGCACUGAGACUGCAGAGAAGGCAUCGCCACCUGCUUCUAGCAGCAACCACACCAGCACCGCCGCCAAUGCAGAUGCAGCAAAUGCACCGCCAGGACAGAAGUGGACCUCAGCAUUGAACCAGUUCAAGCUCAAGAGAUUCUUUGUCCUUCGGCCUGGGACUCUGGACAGUGCGAUUAACGACAUCAAAUCACUGGUAGACCAGAAGGUGGACGGUCCUGUCCUGAGCGUUUGGCUGCUGGUUGAGAUCGAUCACUGGAACAACGAAAAAGAGCGAUUGGUGUUGAUCACGGAGAGGUCUCUCCUCAUCUGCAAAUACGAUUUCAUCAUGCUAAACUGCGAGCAGAUCCAGAGAAUUCCACUUAAUCUUAUUGACCGGAUCAGCGAGGGUGCUUUUACUUUCCCUCCUCGCUCCCUCCUCACGAGAGAAGGCGACGGACUGCGUGUGUUUUGGGACAAACUCCGAGAGCCCUCAGUAACAUCACGCUGGAAUCCUUUUGCCACGGACUACCCCUACACUACACUGACCUACCACCCAGUUCGAAAUGCUGAUGAGAAGCUGUCCACAAUCUGUGAGCUUCACAGUUUUAAGGAGCAGUUGACUGCCGCAGCACAGAAAGCCCACAGUCUGAAUCCGAUCCCAGGGAAAGCCAACGGUGUCCUGCUUCUGAACCAGCCCAUCCUCAUCGAAGCCUAUGUAGGCAUUAUGUCCACCCUUGGCAACCAGAACAAGCUGGGCUACUGCUUAGCAAGAGGCAACGUUGGUUUCUGAAUGGAAAUUCUGGUUCAAUUCCUUAAUGUUUUUAUUGAAGUAAAAGACAGCUGAUAGUUGUAUGUUCUGAAAAUGUUAUUCUUAUCUCUUCUUAAUGUUAAUUCUGUUUAUAUUAUAUUAUAUUAUAUUAUAUUAUAUUAUAUUAUAUUAUAUUAUAUUAUAUUAUAUUAUAUUAUAUUAUAUUAUAUUAUAUUAUAUUAUAUUAUAUUAUAUUAUAUUAUAUUAUACAUGUCAACAAUACAAUAUAUUGUUCCUUUUCCAAGCUAAACAACUCCAAAGAUGUCGACAAAUCAAAGCAAUUUAAUAGGGGCCACAUUGAAAUGACCCACUUUGGUGUAAACUAAGAUGCUCUAGCCUUCUCUGUUAAAAUGUUUGACAAUACAGUAUAUUUUGUCAGAAUGUUCUUUUCAAUCAUAAAAUUUUAAGUUUGUAUGUUUAUAAGUGUCAUUUCUAUGGAAGUGAAUCAAGGGGGAAAAUGAAUGUAAACUUCACUCCAAAUAAAUGCUUACAAAACUA